AGAGCCGAAGACAUCGUGUCCAAUCACAGCUGAUCACUGAUGAUCAGUGUGCCCUGAUGAUCAGUGUAGCCCCAGCAGUGCCACCUGUCAGUGCCCAUCAAUGCCACCUGCCAGUGCCCAUCAGUGCUACAUCAAUGCCACAUAUCAGUGCCUACCAGUGCACAUAAAUGCCACAUAUCAGUGCCCACCAGUGCACAUCAAUGCCACAUAUCAGUGCCCAUCUGAGCUGCCUUUCAGUACCACCUAUCAGUACCAGUCAGUGUGCCUAUCAAUGCCAGUCAGUGACGCCUAUCAGUGCCAUAUAUGAGUGCUGCCU